CCAACUUUCUUUGCACUCAGCUUUAAGUGUUGUUUUUAUACGCAAAGGUGCUGGUUGAAAAGAUUGGCAGCGAACUGAUUCCUCGCAACAUUCCUUGCAACUCGCUUCUAUUUUGUCCCUACCUGCAGCAAAGUACUUUGUCCGGUUAUGCAGCUUGGCCGAAAGCAACAUUUGGGUCGGCGCGUAGCUUCCAAUGGCGUUAGCAGAUGCCACCUGGCGCCGUGCGCUGCCAGAUCUCAGCAGCUAGCAGGCUUCAGGGCUCAGCGCUGGGCGAAAGCAGUCGCUCAUCCUCGCCAUGUCUCCAUGCACGCCGAUGCCCACGGCAGCAGACCCAGCCCCGGCCCCGCUCCCUCCCCUCAAUCACCUCCUCCUCCUCCCCCUCGAGAAGCCGUGUUCGCUGACCCCGGGCUCCUCGCGGCCGCCACCGCAGCAGCUGAAGCCACCGCAGCUACCGCGGAUGCCGAUGUGCCAGCUCCCAGCCCCGCACCUGCCUUGCUGCCACAACAACAACUACCACAGCAGCAGCAGCAGCAACAACAACAAGCCACACAGACUGCUGACUUUUCAAGAAGCAACAGCUAUGGCAACAGCAACAGCGACCACGAUGGCAACCGGGGUUGGCAAGGCCCCCCUGGAGUAGCUGCCCCGCUGCAGCCGGGUCGUGUCCUAGCAGGCGGCAAAUACACCAUAGCGGAGGUGCUGGGGGCGGGUAGCAACGCAGUGGCGUACCGGGCCCUGCGCCCCGACGGCUCCCCCGUCGCGCUCAAGUGUCUCUCCCUGCGCGGCCUGCGCGAGUGGAAGGCGCUGGGGCUGCUGCAACGCGAGGCCGGUGUGCUGGCGGGUCUGAACCACCCGGGGGUGCCGCGCUGCCUGGGGUACUUGGAGGAGGACACGCCCGAGGACCGGCUGUUCGUGCUGGUGCAGGAGGUGGUGGAGGGCAAGUCGCUUGCAGCCAUGUUGCGGGAGGGCAUGCGGGCUAGCGAGGCGGAGGUGUUGCGUAUCGCGGGGGAGCUGUUGGACGUGUUGGAGUACCUGGGGGGGCUGCGGCCGCCCGUCAUACACCGGGAUGUGAAGCCGGACAACAUCAUCCUGGAGGGCGGCUGCUGGGGCGGCGGGGUGAGGUUGGUGGACUUUGGGGGGGUGCAGGCCGCAGCCUCCGCGGGGGAGCUGGCGGGUCUGGGCAGCACCAUCGUGGGGACGUACGGAUACAUGGCCCCCGAGCAGUUCCGGGGUGCCGCCGAGCCCGCCAGCGACCUGUACGGCCUGGGGGCCACCCUGCUGCACCUGGUGACAGGUCAACCGCCCUCCGCCUUCCCCCAAGAGCGCAUGCGCAUCGCCUGGCGCUCCGCCUUCAACCCCUCGGCAUCCUCCUCCUCCUCCUCGUCCGCUGCCUCCCGUCUGGCCCCUCCCUCCUCCCGUCUGGGUGCGCUGCUGGACGGGUUGCUGGAGCCCCUAGCAGAGGAGCGGUUGACGGCGCAGGAGGCGAGGAGACUGCUGCUGCAGGGCGAGGAGCCGCAGGGCCCCACCAGCAGGUCCUCCCGCAGCGGCUUCAACCGCAGACGGGCAGCAACCGAGCUCGCCACGUCACCCUCCUCCUACCUCCAAUCAGCCGCCACCUCCUCCGCUACCUCCACCCUGUCCACCGCCCCGGCCCCCCUGCCCGCCCCUCCCGCCCGCCCCGCUGGUACCCGAGUGCAGCUGCAGCGCAGUGGGGGGCGACUGGAGGUGAUCAUACCGCCCAAGGGCCUAACCACCGACAUUGCCCUAACAGGCACCUUUGCCCUCGCAUGGAACGCCUUCGUGGCCGUUUGGACGGUGGGCGCGAUCGCGUCCGGCGGCCUGCUGUUCGCAGCCUUCUCCGCUCCCUUCUGGGUAGCCGGCUGGCAACUCGCACAGGGGGUGUUGGGGGGCGCACUCAUGCGUGAGAGACUGGGCGUGGGGCGCAGGAAGUGGCGGUUAGGACGGCGGCUGGCGUUGUUGAGUGG